UUUUUUUUUUUAGGUGGGGUUUUUAUUACAUCCCGACGCAGGUAAGAUACCCCACUGUGUCUUGUUAAUGACACUUCAGCAGCAGAUUGUCGCUCAUCACGUCCACUUGGAUUUUUUUUUCUCUUCCAGCACAAUCCUGAUCAGCGUAAUAAGAAGGCUCUUUUUUUCCCCCUGUGUGUUUUUUUUUUACGCGUGAAUUUGGAAUAAAUGAACUCUCGUCAGCAUCUUGAGGUUCGUGGUGAAUUUAUCCAGAGAGACAAGUGUGUGGACAGCUAAAUCAUGUGCAUUGGGAUCAACCCUUCGGCAUCUGCUUUAUUAGUCCCACUUUUGACUGCUUUGAAGUGAACCCUGCGAGGAGCAUCCAAACCGACACGAUAUUCUGGUGGUGUUUUCCUGUGACGCCAGUGGGAGUCGCCUGCCUUAGCUCUGACUCUUUGACUGCCAGCUGAUCAGAAUGCUGUCGUGGAACCUGUGAUGGAGACCAGGGCUUGAUAUCUGGACCUGGAAACCGAUCAACAAUGGACCGGCUGGUUCUGUGCGUGCUGCUGUGUGCAGCUCUGGUGAAGGGAUACAGCUGCCCCGGCCGCUGCAUCUGCCAGCACCUCUCCCCCACUCUGACCCUGCUCUGUGCUAAGAACGGUCUGCUGUUUGUGCCCCCCACCAUCGACCGCAAGACUGUCGAGCUGCGACUCACCGACAACUUCAUCACCAUCAUCCGCAGGAAAGACUUUUACAACAUGACCAGUUUGGUCCACCUCACGUUGUCCCGCAACACCAUCAGCCAGAUCACCCCCCACGCCUUUGUCGGUCUGCGAUCCCUGCGGGCACUCCACAUGGACGGGAACCGCCUCAGCGUUAUAAAAAGUGACCACUUUAAAGGCCUCAUCAACCUGCGGCACCUCAUCCUCGGGAACAACCAGAUCCACCACGUGGCCCCCACCUCCUUUGAUGAGUUUGUUGCCACCAUCGAGGAUUUAGACCUUUCCAAUAACAACCUGCGCAGCCUUCCCUGGGAAGCUAUAGCCAGAAUGAUCAACAUUAACUCACUCGCAUUGGACCACAACCUGAUUGACCACGUUGGAGCGGGAACUUUUACACUGCUCACUAAGCUAGUCCGCCUGGACAUGACCUCUAACAGGCUGCAGAAGUUGCCGCCAGACAGCCUGUUCCAGCACGCUCAGGUCCUGUCUGAUGCCAAGGGCGCCGACUCAUCCACUCUGGCCGUGAGUUUUGGCGGAAACCCUCUUCACUGUAACUGCGAGCUGCUGUGGCUGCGCAGGCUGACAAGGGAGGAUGAUUUAGAGACCUGUGCCUCACCAGAGCACCUCAUGGACAAAUACUUCUGGUCCAUCCAGGAGGAGGAGUUUAUCUGUGAGCCUCCGCUGAUCACCAAACAUCUUGCCACUAAGCCCUACGUGAUGGAGGGCCAGGGUGUGACUCUUAAAUGCAAAGCUGUGGGGGAUCCAGACCCAGAUAUUCACUGGCGGUCACCAGACGGCAAGCUGGUGCAUAAUAAUUCCCGCACCAUCCUUUAUGAUAAUGGCACCCUUGAUAUUCUCAUCACCACGCUGAAGGACAGCGGGUCAUUUAAUUGUGUGGCGUCCAAUGCCGCAGGCAUCGCUACAGAGGCUGUUGAGAUCAACAUGAUCCCCUUACCCUUGUUUGUUAACAACACAGGCCACAUGCGUGAGGACCCCGGUCUCUCAGACAUCACCACCUCCUCCAAAUCUGGCAAUGACACCAAGGGCUAUGACAAGCAGGACAGAAGGGUGAUGGUCAGUGAGCUGACCUCGUCCUCCGCUGUGAUCCGCUGGCCGUCCGAGCGACACAUUCCAGGCAUCAGGAUGUACCAGAUUCAGUACAACAGCACAGCGGAUGAUACUUUGGUGUACAGAAUGAUCCCAUCCACCAGCAAGAACUUCUUAAUCAAUGAUCUGGCAGCAGGACGGGAGUAUGACCUUUGCGUCCUGGCGGUUUACGACGACGGCAUCACAUCAUUAACGGCCACACGUGUGGUCGGUUGUGUGCAGUUCCACACGGCCAGUGAGGUCAGCCAGUGCCGCUUCAUGCACAGCCAGUUCCUGGGAGGCACUAUGAUCAUCAUUAUCGGUGGUAUAAUUGUUGCGUCAGUGCUAGUGUUCAUCAUCAUCCUGAUGAUCCGUUACAAGGCCUACAGCAGCCCAGAGGACAGCAAGACCAAGGUCAGCACCAGCAUGCACUCCCAGACCAACGGCAGCCAGCAGCGGCUCCAACGCUCCGCCUCCAAGCAACCGUCUGACGAAGGCCAGCGUGAAGCCCAGGCGCCCAAAGAGUGCAUGGCGCUGGUGUUGAGGGUGGACAGUGAGAAGAGGGAGGAUCCAGGAGCCACCACUGCCAUCCUGGAGGUUGAGCUGCCUCCGCUGUCUCUAGACAAGAUGAAGAGGAGAACCAGCCUGGAUGCACAGCGCUCCGGACCCCCAUCUGAGGACACGCAGACGGACAGCAGCCUGACGGGCUCCACCAUGUCCCUGUGUCUCAUAGGCCCCAAUGCUGGAACCAAGGAGGCUCCCAGGCUCAAGGACAAGAAGAGUGCCCUGGCCAACAUGGGGUUGCUCCCUAAUGAGCUGGCACGAACUAGGCACAGAUUCUCUUUUGACGGUGGGGAUUACUCCAUAUUUCAGAGUCAUAGUUACCCACGCAGAGCGAGGACGAGGUGGCACAAGUCCACCAACCAGCUCAACACGGAGUCGUCGCCGCUCGCCAACAGGAGAGUUACUUUCAGCAGCACUGAGUGGAUGCUUGAGAGCACAGUCUGAAGGAAGCAGUGUAGCCAAAAAAACGGCUCAGCCACACAAAAGCAUACACAUGUAAAAACACAACUAUGUCUUCAUGCCAUACGACACACUUUUCCUGCACUCAGCAAAUGAUAAAGCACAUUUACGUACACAUGCAAACUUUCUGUGAGUUGCUGGAGAAGAACACAGUCUCCUUUCAUCCUGGCUCCCCAUCAUACUCCCAGAGAGGUUUGUUGGCCAUGUCGUUUCUUUAUGCAGCAGUGCCUUAUUCUAAGAAAGAAAAAAAAAAAGAUUAAAAAAUGUACGAAUGGAGGAUGCUGCUCACUGUAGUCAUAAACCUUCCUCUCUAUCAUUGCCUCCCACCAUGAUAACGGGAAGCGUUACGUUGGAUUUUUUAAUUUUCUCCUUUUUCUGUGACAUGCCAAGGGGGUGUGGCGUUUGGAUGUGACUGUUUAAUUGUUAAAAAAGACAAAAACAAACAAAAAAAAAAAACUUAAUCAUAACUGUAAAGUGAACAGCCAGGUAUCCUGUUAUGUCAAUCAUGUUUUUGGGUUUCUUUCAGAAAAAAAAAACAAAAAAAACUUUUGCACAGAAGACACGAGAUACAAGGACAAGUAUCACCACCAGUCUAUACAAUAAUAAUAAUUAAAAAAAAGAACAGAAUUUUACAAAUGCCGAUUUCUAAUGUUAGCGUAGAAGGGGACGGACGCGGAAACCUGCCAUGGAUUCCUCCUUGCCGGUCGGACUGUAUGAUGUUAAAUAGGUAUUGUUCCAGAUGUGACUGUAUAUUAAUCGGUACUGUAUCUGGCUGGUCUAGAUAAAAGACAACAAACAAAAAAGACAUAUAUAAGUAUAUUAAAACUUUGGUGUAUGUGUACUAACUAUGUAAGUAAGUAAGUCAUAUGUCACAUGACUUUUUACAAAGCAUUUGGGUGUUGGCUGCAAGUUUUUACAUUAAAAACCUGUGUCAUCACACCUGUCCCUAUUUAGUAUGUCAAAGUUUGGACCAUUUAUCCCCUCACGAAGGGUAUUAAAUUUUUUGUGUGGGUUAACUGUA